UUUGUUACCCAGGCCUAAGUCCCAGCUUCUCUGGAGCAGGGCAGCUCGUUGUGUGGCAGCAGCCGCAGGACAGGCGUCCCACCUGGAAGAACUGCUCUGUGGCAGAGACCUGCUCGCCAGAACUCCGUAAUAGACGCACAAGAACUCAGAAAGGAACAGGCCCUGUUUGGCCCCACCAGAGGCGGUUCUUAACCUCCUUGCCCAGAGAGAGCCAGACCCGGUGAUGUCGCCACAUCCAGAAGCCAUCGCAGACUGUGGGACAGUGAACGCUGUGGAUGAACUUGCUUACCCUUUACAGUUCUCCGCACUCUUCCAAAUGCAGCAGAAAAUGAACAUAUCUCAGGCAUCCGUGUCAUUCAAGGAUGUGACUGUGGAAAUCACCCAGGAGGAGUGGCAACAAAUGGGCCCUGUACAGAGGACCCUGUACAGAGAUGUGACACUGGAGAACUACAGCCACCUAGUCUCAGUGGGGAACUGCAUUUCUAAGCCAGAGAUGAUCUUCAAGUUGGAGCAAGGGGAGGAGCCUUUGUUCUCAGAGGAGGAAUUCUCAAACCAGAGUCACCCAAAAGAUUACAAAGGUGAUGACCUGAUCAAGCGGAACAAGAAAACCAAAGACAAGCACUUGCAGCAAGUAAUAUUCAUCAAUAAUAAAAUAUUGACUAGAGAGGAAGAGAAAGUUUUGGGAAAACCAUUUAAUCUGCACAUAGCUCGUAUUUCUUCAAUAAAAAUGUCCUGCAAAUAUGACUCAUGGAGAGUAGAUUUGCAAAAUGAUUCUGAAUUUAUUAUUAAUAAUAGAAACUAUUCAACAAAGAAAGUAGGUUGCCAUAGUGUAUGUGAAAAUCCACCUUUCAAAAUCAAGUUUGAGAAAACUCAGACUGGAGAGAAAUUGUAUGAAUAUAAUAAGAAUAUGAAAGCUUUCGGUUAUAAUGAAAAUCUUCCUAAGCACCAAAAGUUUCUAAAUUUGCAGCAAGUUUUUGACUAUAAUGAAGCUGGAAAAGCCUUUAAUGAUAAGGCUGACAGUGUUACACGUAAAAGUUCUCACACAGGAGAAAAGUCCUGUAAAGUUGAUGACUUUAGGAAAAACUGUGGUAAGACAACUCUAUUUGACCACAGGAGAGCAGCUGGUACAGGGGAAAAACAUUCUCAUCUUAACCAAUGUGGAAAAUCUUUUGGGAAUUUACCUGUAGAGGAAUACAAGACAUUUAACAUGGACAUGACACAUGAAUUAACUGCAAGUAGAAAUAAUCUCAACAGCAAGUCACAUCUCAGUCAACAUCAGAGAACUGUCACAGCAGAGAAUCCGUUGGUAUGUAAUGACAAAACACAACCUGGGGUUAAAUCCUUUGAAUAUCAUGAAAAUAAGAAAUCCUGCCAGACAGCAGCCCGCAAAGUACGCCAGAGAACUCACUCGGGGAUAAAACCCUAUAAAUGUAAUGAAUGUGGGAAAUCCUUCUGUCAGAAAGGACAUCUCAUUCAACAUCAGAGAACUCACACAGGGGAAAAACCAUUUGAAUGUAAUGAAUGUGGAAAAACUUUCUCCCAGAAGUCACACCUCAGUACACAUCAGAGAAUUCACACAGCAGAGAAACCCUAUAAAUGUAAUGAAUGUGGGAAAAAAUUUGUCCAGAAGUCGACCCUCAGGGGACAUCAAAGAAUUCACACAGGAGAGAAACCCUAUGAAUGUAGCGAAUGUGGAAAAACUUUUGUUCAGAAGUCAACCCUCAGAGACCACCAUAGAAUUCACACAGGAGAGAAAUCCUUCCAAUGCAACGAAUGUGGAAAAACUUUUGGCCAGAAGUCAAACCUCAGAAUACAUCAGAGAACUCAUAGUGGUGAGAAAACUUAUCGAUGUAAUGAAUGUGAGAAAUCCUUCUGGCGAAAAGACCAUCUCAUUCAGCAUCAGAAAACACACACAGGAGAGAAACCGUUUAAGUGUAAUGAAUGUGGAAAAACUUUUGCUCGGACAUCAACUCUCCGAGUGCAUCAAAGAGUUCACACUGGGGAGAAACCAUUUAAGUGUAAUGAGUGUGGGAAAAACUUUGUCCGGAAGGCAAUCCUUAGUGAUCAUCAGAGAAUUCAUACAGGGGAGAAACCCUUUCAGUGUAAUAAAUGUGGGAAAAUGUUUGGCCAGAAAUCAAACCUCAGAAUACAUCAGAGAACUCACAGUGGGGAGAAAUCAUAUGAAUGCAAUGAAUAUGGGAAAUUAUGUAAGAAAACCUUGCUAUACCAGAGAAUUCAGGGAAGGGGGAAGCCCUUUUGAUGUAAUAACUGUGGAAAAUCUUUCUGACAAAAGAACACAACAUUUAAUAUCAGAGAUACUAGAAAAGCCAUUUGAAGGUAGUGAAUGUAAAAACAGCACCGGAAGUAAAUCUUCACAGUACAUCAGAGAAUUCACAUAGAGAAACCAUAUGAAUACAAAUGCAGGAAGAAUUUUGUAGCAAUCCACACAAAUGUCUGUUUCUUUCAAAGAAUUAUUGAAGGUCCUUCUGAAUGAAGUCUUAGGUGACUAGAGAGCUCUCAUACACCACACAGGGACAACCGGGCCCCUGUCACAAAUAAAUACAUAUUUCUAGGACAGCCUUGGGGUGCCAUGCCUUAACAUGGUAUAGCUUAAGAUAAAAGAAGUCAGUGUGCUGACCUCCUCCACAUAUUUCCCAGUUUAACAUCUUGUGGGCAAAAACUAAGCUUGUAUAGUAGUCUCCCUUAUUCACAGUUUUGCUUUCUACAGUUUUAGUUACCUGUGGUCCAGAAAUUUUUAAUAAAAAAUUCCCAAAAUAA